CAGGUUAACACCAAUGAGCCUGCAGCGGUGUCAUGCCUGAAUGCUGACAAUGGCAAUUACCCCUGACAAAGUCAGUCCCGUUGCAGCCCUUUGUGGAAAACCCCCCGACAACUCGUGUCCUCCCAUGCAUCCACAACACUAGACCAUCCGACGGCGCUGUUGUCUCAAGCACAACCUAGGCAGCCAGACCCACCCUUGAAGUUCCAUUUCCCACGAUGACCUCAGUGACAACGGCAGUCGUCCCAUCCGGGCAAAUCCAGAACUGGUGCAUCCAGCCGCUCUUCACCGCCGACGGCAAUGGCCAGCCGGUCCGCAGCGGAUGCGCAAACGCGACCCUGGGCACAAGCCCGCCAGACUUCCAGACAAUAUGCUGCAGCGGUGUGAUCCUCUACAGCUCUGGCCCACGCUCCCAGCUCUUUGGCCCCUCGGUCGUGCCCGCGCUCAACAGCAACAGCCAAGGUGACCUGUGGGGCUGGGCCUACAGCAACGCGACCAUUGACAACUUUGCCUGCUACGACCUCGACGUCGGCCAUCCCCCAGCUGCCGCCAACGACAGAGGAGCCAGUCCAGCGCCGCCGCAGCAGCGGCGCGAGGAGGAGAACGGAGAGCAACUAGAAAGGGCAAGCACGAGCUAUUCCUGCGUCACCCCGCUUCUUCCGUCUCCCGCCUCUGCGUCCUCGUCCUCGUCGGCGCGGCCCUGCCUGCCCGGCUCCGAGACACCACUGGCCAGCCUGGCGGGCACCAACACCGACAACAUCGCCGCCACGGCCUAUGAGCUCACGUAUCCCCUCCCCGGCGGGGACGGCACGGGCACGCUGGUAGCCGCCGUGCAGGUCACGUCCACGGCGACGCCGACGUGUCUCUGGUUCGACACGGCGCAUGGGCAGCCCAUGGCCUCCGUUACCGUCGCCGCUGCGGCUGGCGUCAGUACGGCUGGUGGUGGUGGUGGCGGUGGUGGUGGUGGUUUGACGAGUAGCCAGGGCACGGGUGGGAAUGUCCCGCCGCCAGCAACUCCGACGAGUGCGGCUGUUUCGUUGUCGCUGAGCCAGAAAUUGCGUGGCUCGAUGAUGGUGCUUACAAUGUUGUGUCUAGCUAAUUUCAUAUCACACUAAGUACAUUUUCUCAACCUCGAAAGGGUGUUCAGCCACAAACAAAACCUACAUGCUCUGCUGUCCCUGUCGUGUGUUGAGGGCUAUGCUCGCCAACGUUGC